UUUCCUGCCUGAGCAUGCGCACUUGCUUGAGACUUUGCGUCACGUCCUGUGCGCUGGCGAGUCAGGUGGCCGAUGACCGGUGACGUCACCGGGGUUUCGGUUGGCGGUCUGAGGGCGGCCAGGCUGAUUCAAUUUUGAAGAUCCAGUCAUGCUGCGAUCAGGAUUUAGACCUGAACGGUUGCGGGUCAACCUGCGACUUGUCAUCAACAGACUUAAGCUACUGGAGAAGAAGAAAACUGAGUUAGCGCAGAAGGCCAGGAAGGAAAUUGCAGAUUAUCUUUCAGCUGGGAAGGAUGAAAGGGCUCGAAUCCGUGUUGAGCAUAUCAUUCGAGAGGACUACUUGGUGGAAGCUAUGGAAAUUCUGGAGCUGUACUGUGAUUUGUUGCUUGCACGCUUUGGCAUGAUCCAAUCAAUGAAGGAACUUGAUACAGGCCUCAGUGAAUCUAUUUCCACUCUGAUUUGGGCGGCCCCACGUCUACAGAAUGAAGUAGCUGAACUGAGAGUUGUUUCAGAUCAGCUGUGUGCCAAAUACAGCAAGGAGUAUGGAAAACUUUGCAGAACAAACCAGAUAGGGACUGUGAAUGAGAGGCUUAUGCUCAAGCUAAGUGUUGAAGCACCACCCAAAAUCCUAGUGGAGAGAUACUUAAUCGAGAUAGCAAAGAACUACAACGUUCCAUAUGAGCCUGAUUCUGUUGUCAUGGGUGAAAUCCCAGUUGGAGUGGAAGCAGAUUUGAUUGAUGUCGAUAAUGACAUUAAAAAGGGUGGACCUGGUGCGGGAGGUGGUGGAGGAUUCACAGCACCCACUGCAGGCAUUAUGCCUAUGCCUAUGCCAAUGCCAACACCAUCUAUACCUUUUUCAUACCCUCCAAGAAAGGGGCCAGAUAAUAGUCUGCCAGUGGACAUUUAUCAGCCAUUCAACAACUUCCAGCCACCUAACAUAGGGGGUAACCCACCUCCAAUACCAACACACCCACCAACAUAUGAAUCUAUUGAUGAUGUUAAAGGUACUGACCCUCAUUUGCCUUCUCCCAAGCUUCCUGGCCCUUCAGCCCCAAUACCUGCACCUCGACAGUUGCCAGGACCUGCUGCUGCUCCAAGUGACUUUGUUUACGAUAACUUGGCAAUACCAGAGUUGCCAUCUGUGCCUGACACCCUACCGACAGCAUCUAUUGGUGGCACUUCCACAGCUUCAGAAGAUAUUGAUUUUGAUGAUCUGUCACGUAGAUUUGAGGAUUUGAAAAAGAAAACUUAAUUUGAUAAAGAAGAAAACUUUUCAUGGGGUAAUUAUAAAUUCACUGGUGUAUCUCUGCUAGAAUCUGAAAGCUUUAUAACAACCAGAUGCUACGUAUGCUGGCAUAUUAACACUCCUUUCUUGAAAAAUUCUUUGGAUUUCUCUCAGUAGUUGAUAUACUGUACUUUCAAAUAUUCUUAUUCUGACAUGCCCUGAUUAUAUUUAUGGGGGUCUUGCAAAGAAACAGGGCUUAAGGUUGAGCAAUGAUUCAAAUUCAGUUUUGGACCAUGACCUCAGAUUUUCAUUAGUCUACAUUCAGCAACAUGUUGAUUUGUGUCCACCUUUCUUUCUCUUAGUGCUCCAAAUGAUUAGGAAUGACAGGUGAAGUUGAAAGAAUGGAUAGUGUGUUAUAUUGGUAUCAGUGAAAUUGCAUGUGAUCUGAGACGUAAAUAAGAGAAAGAAAAGUCAAAGGGUAUAUUGUUUUCAGCUACUUAUUUAUGAAGUAUCUUGUUUAUUCCAAAAGAAAGUACCUUACAUCUUCCUAUUUACAUAUGGAGAAUUCUUAAACUAUUUAAAGUCUAAUUUAAAACUGUUCUACAAUAAAGCUUUGUAGCAUUGUCAUUUUGUUUCAUUCAUAUUAACAUUAAAUUUGAGCUUUCAGUCCAGGAAGUGCUAUGCUUGGAAGAAUGUCUAUGUAUCAACUUUCAUAGCAUUCCAACUGCCUUUUCUUAACAUAUUUUCUCACUCAACAAGAAUCCAAAAAAAAUUUCAAAGUUUUAGGUUGCACUUUUGCCCAUUUUAAAAUUAUGAGCAAGGUAGGCUGAUGAAGUUCUACUACAGAUAUAUCACUAAUUUCAGGUUGAGGACUACAACCUUAAACAGUAACUUACUCAGAAGUCACUUCCACUGUGUGGCAACUCCAUGUUCUUAUUUUUAAAAAUACCAUCUGCAUUAUGUAUAUGUGGCUGAAAUACCAAUAGAAAAUCUAACUUCUCAAAUCAUUAAGUUUUUUUAACCAUAGGAUUCCAUAGGCACUCUGUUUAAUUACUUUUCUAAACUAGAUUGUUAACACAAACUAGUUGUCUGAAAAUUUUGUUGUAGAACACAUCUUGCCCACCCUGGUGCCAAGAGGAAGGACUGGAAUUCUGAUUCCACAGUGCUGUACUAUCGCUGUUGCCUUCCAACAGCAACAGGCUGCAAAACCUUCCAUGCUGCUCAGUCCUUUGUCUCAACUAGGAGCAUCCAAGACUGGAACAUUCAAAUAGGAGUUGUAUAUUGAAUUUCUUAGUCUUCUGGUGGAGUGAUGGCCUUGGGAGUGGCAUAGGAAACUAUAGAGUAAUCCAUUAGGAGCCCAUAACUAAGGUACUGGUUCUUGGAGUCACUGGCCUGUGCUUUUUGGUGGAGAAGGUGUGUAAUACAGUGAGAUUACUGGAGACAAAACAGGGGAGAAAAUACAUUACAUUCCUCAGAAGCUCACAAAUUGAGUACCCUGUUCUACUGUGUUUCAGUAAUCACAAGAGUUACAAUCUGGUGAAUGUAGGUGAACACUACAAUAGAACUCCGUCAACUCCUUGAAUGGUCUGAGAUGGUGGGGGUGUAUAUACAAAAAGGUAAAUGACCAAGGCUUGGCAUGCAGACCAGUGUCCUGGGUUUCAUAAUUUCCUGCACUGUCUUGCACAUUCUAUUCAUCUAUCAGGUCAUUAAAAAUGUUGUAAUGCAACAAAACAAUAAUCCUUUAUAACAAUUUGAAAUGAUCGAUUAAUGUUUGACUUGUAAGUUUUCUCUUCCAAUUACAACGGUGGUUGUUAGCUGCCAACUCAGUUAGACACAGCAGCAAUAGUAAAGAACUCUGAUUUUCCAGAGAUGAUUUACACAUGCAUGUCUCUAGGAUUGAUGUCAUAAUGUACAUGAGUACUGGACACAAUCUAAAUAGCAUUCAAACAGCAAGUAAGCAGCCAGUAGUCAUGUGACAGCCUAAUUUAUUAAUGGAUCAAGAGUAACUGUUCAUUUGAAGUACUGAAGUGUUCUUAAUAAAUCACUAUAAAACUGUACUUUCAAUAAGAUUGCUCUAAAUUUUCACCUUGUAAUGUGUUGAUUUUCCAUAUCUUUUGCACACAAUUGAACAAUGUUUCAAUGGCUGUAUUAAUUAUGUUGGGGCCUUUAUCUUUACAAAAAUGUAUACAGACUUGGUAACAUGAUUUUGUUUAUAUUGUAUGUUUAAACAUUGCUAAAUAAAAUAAGCUUUAAGGGUU